GUUUAUGUACUGUACUUCCCAUUUCAUAUCAGGGACAUAUCACAGCUUAUGAAAACACAGGUGGCAUUUAGAUGUGGGCGGGGGGGUGUGCAUGGAGGAACCUAUCUGGCCCCCAGGCUAAAAUGACUGUAUAAGCUGAGUUUGAAUCUGAGCAUGACUAAAUUUCACCCAGGCCCUAGUCUAAGCGGCUAUUGUGGUUUUCUUAAAAUGGUAAAAUGAGGAAGAAAUUUUUUUUCAGAAAGCUAAAACAAUACAAUCUUCUUUUUAACACCAUCAGGACUUCCUGAAAUUCUACAGAAAAGCAGGAAAAUAAGUUGACGAGCUACAGGUAUAAGCUCAUUUUUAAUUCAGUGUAUAUGCAGCAAACAUUUAUUGCAAACAGUUGUUUUGACCUUUUCCCAUCAGAGGGCAGUAGAAGUGAUGUGUUUGGUACCGAAACGCUGCAACGAUAUGAUGAAUGUGGGCAGACUCCAAGGCUUUGACGGUAAAAUCACCGCUCAGGGGAAGCUGCUGCAGCAGGAUACCUUCUGUGUCAGUGAGCAGGCGAUUGGUUUUCUAUCCAGUGUCAAGGAGAGGGAGGUCUUCUUGUUUGAGCAGCUGGUCAUUUUCAGUGAACCAGUGGACAGGAAAAAAGGCUUCUCUUUAACAGGAUACACCUUCAAAAACAGCAUAAAGGUCAGCUGCUUAGGUGUGGAGGAACAGGCUGACCCGUGCUGUCUCAUCCUGACUUCUCGUCAGAAUGACGGCUGUCUGACACGCUUCAUCAUGCAGACGUUUUUUCCAGAGAAGCAGCAGACUUGGUUCAGGGAUGUGGUCCAGAUCUUAGAUAAUCAGAGGAACUUCCUUAAUGCCCUUCAAUCCCCGAUAGAAUAUCAACGCAAGGAAAACAAGUCACACAGCAUGAGCAGGACCGUGAUGCCUGCUGCUCUCACAGCCUCUGACCUCCGACCUGACUCCUCCUCAUCCAUGGAGCGACGACAACAGCCCUGCCUGCAGUUUUACAACACGACUCCAUGCUUUCUGCUUCCGCCUCACCACAGGCCAGCCUCAGAGGUUUUGAGUUCUCAGCCAGCUUUCCCCUCAUUUACCACCCAGCAGCAGCUGAAUUUCUGCCCAGGGAUCAGAUAUAAUCACGGGACGCAGAGCGGGCUGCCGACCUGCAGCCAGCAUAGUGCGCAGCAUGUGAUCGCUACUCUCCAGACAAUCACAUUUUCUAAUUGUGGAAGCUACUUGGCACAUUGCCCAAAGAACGUGGUCCAGCUGACAGACAAUGAGCAGUAGUGAUGCAUGGACACACCGGAGCAUCUCUUUGGGUCAGAACCUGCACAUACACAGA